AUGCCGUCACUCCCCAAGCUCUCCUCGGCAGGGAUGGCCUUCCUCCUCUCCCUGCUCCCCCUCCUCCUGGGCUCUGGCAGUGUCCAGGGGGCCUCUCUCAGAGAACACAGACUGAGGGGCAGUGAGCUGGACCCCCAGCAAAGAGACGCCCCCUACCUCCCCACCAACGCAGACAUGCUCAAGGCCCUGGAGUACAUUGAGAGCCUCCGCCAGAGUACCGGGGCAGUGGUGUCAGCCCCCCAGGAUCAGGCUCCCCUCACCCCAGACUACGACACCACCAACAUAGACUUAGACUCAGAGAAACUCCGCUCAAUGCUGAGGCUAGCCUCUCCUACCCAGACCAGUCAGAGUAAGAUCGGCCAGGACCAAGAUGAUGAGGAGGAUGAGGAAGGGGAGCGCAAAAAGGAGGACAAGACUCAGGAGUGGCUGCAGGCGGUGCUGAGUACCCUCCAGCAGACCGAGAAGGGCCCCAAGCCAGCCCCUGUGAGGCCCAGUGUAGCCCGCCAGGCUCUAGGCAAAGGGCGGAGACCGGCGAAGGAGGAGGAGAGCCAGGUGGGAGAGGGCGUGGCGUAUCCAUGGUCGCAGCAGCAGCAUGCCAGCCGGUCUUACAGGAAGUACCCGCUGAUGUUUGAAGAUGAGGACGGUGAGGAAGAAGGCAGAGCCCCGGGCCCCGAGAGCCCCUUCAAACGCACCAAUGAGAACAUGGAGGGGAAGUACACACCCCAGAACCUGGCCAACCUGCAGUCUGUGUUUGAGGAACUGGGGAGGAUAGCCAACGCCAAGGCUGGACACAAACGCCAGACUGAGGAUGAUGAGGAUGAUUAUGAUGAAGUGGAGGAUGAUGAUGAUGAUGACAUGUUCCGGGUGAGGAACCUGGCCUAUGAGGAUGUGAUGGGGGGAGAGGACUGGACGCCCUUAGAGGAGCAGGUGGAGAUGGAGGAAGAGGAGAGAGACAACAGGCAGGCGUUCAACAGAGGCUUGAAGGAUGAUGAAGAGGAUGAUGAAGAAGAGGGGAUUGAUGAGGUCAAGCGAUCGAGCCAGCCGGGUCCGGGAGAACAUGACCCAGAUGACAUCACCAAACUGGUCGACUACUACCUUCUGAAGGUGCUGGAGAAAACAGAGCAGGAGCGGAAGAGAGAGCUAGAAGAGGAGGAGGAGGAGAGGGAAGAGAGGAGGGCAGCUCAAACUCAGCACAGCGACAAGGUAGAUCCACAGGCCAUUUACCAGCUCAUCCAAAUCUCCCAGAAACUACAGAUCCCACCAGAAGACCUGAUGGACAUGCUGAAGAGUGGGGAGAUGACAAAACAGGCCAGGACACCACUGAGGACACAAGCACAUUCUCAGACACCCAACGAUCUGGCCAAGGUAGAGGACAAACUAACUCACAUUUCCUCUAAGAAAAAUAAGAUCCCUCCAGAGACAUUCUUCAACAGACGGCUGCCUGAGACCCAAACAAGCAACGUCCCGGAAGAAAUAAACACAGAAGACAUUCUAAAAAUCCUCGGGCUGGGAAGCGUGGCAAAUCAGAACGCACACGCGCUUAAGAAGCAGAAACAGCAUACAAGCCCGCCGUCCAGGUUUUACGCGCCAGCUGGAAGGCAGAGAGACUACAUGUUCUCUGAGCCAAAUGUCCCAGAGAAAGGAAAGGACGACUACGACAACACUGUCGAUGAAGACGAGCUAUCAACGUAUCUGGCUGCCCAGAUGUUGGUGCAGUAUCCGCAGGUAGCAAACAAGGCAGACCAAAAAAAGCGUGCCUCGCAGCCUCGCUCACAAGAUGAUCAGCUUGUGCUGGGAAAGUUUGAGCAGGCGAUACAGGACUACUUUGACCAAAUGGACUCAGACAGAAGCCCGCCUCAGAAAAGACAGUCAGAACCCGAGGAGGAUACAGGCGAUGCUUCACAAACGCAGGGCUUGGAUGACGACACGCUGCUGAAAAUUCUAGGCUAUCUGAACCCAGAGACCGAAGAGGGCGAAGAUAAGGACCUUUAUGCCAAAUCUGUCAAAGGAAUGUAG